ACGAAAGCAAGGCGAAGGCAGUCAUUCAUUCCGAUCACAAUUCUAAUUAUUUUUUGCGCAAUAUACGAGAAAAAGCUCUCAAUUAAUUUCCUUCUCGGCUAUUCUUAUUCAAUCAUUCUUUGAAAAUCAACUGUCCGGUGAGGCAGUGUGAAUAAUUUUGGUGCAACUGAACUGAUAUAAUUUUUUGCGAGAAAUUGCCUGCAAAAAGUGAAAAGUUGCAACCCAUAUCUUUAUAUUCACGUGUGAGUUUGGUUGUUUGUGCGUGUGGAAAAGCGAAGAAGCACAAAGCAAGUAAUUGGCCGGAACAAAAGAAGGAGCUUAAAAGAAUUUAGUGGUUUUGCAUACGAAGUAAUAAGAAAUAAGUGGCUACAGAAGAAUUUGUGAAAAUGGAGCCAAUAACUCAAAUUAUAACGAAUUUGCUUUCAUCGGACAGCGAUGUUAUUAAGAAGGCAACGUCUGAUUUGCAGGAGGCUUACAAGCAUCCCGAGACAAUUCCUGCUCUUUGUGAAAUUGCUGUAUCUGCUCCCGAGCCGCAGGUUCGUCAAUAUUCUGCGGUAUUACUUAAGAAGCAUUUGUCAAAGUUACGUCAAUGGAACAAAGUGCCGGCCGAGCAACAGCAAAUCAUUAAGCAAGGUAUGCUUAAUGCACUCAUGCAGGAGCAGCAGAAGUCUGUACGUAAAGCUAUCGCUCAAUUCGUUGGUGUUUUGGUGCGCCACGAAGCCAAAAAGGCCGAUUCAUGGAUGAAUGAGGUGCUAAAGUUCAUAUACAGCUAUUGCUCUUCGGCCGAUCCCAAACAAAGUGAAUUGGGUUCAUCAACAUUUGCCAUUUUGGCUGAUGCGGCACCGGAUCAAUUCUUGCAGCAUAUGGAAUCGGUUUGUGAAAUGUUUACAGCUGCAUUGGUUGCCACAGAGGCUACUGGUAAUAUGGCUACGCCUGUAAUUUUCAAUAUUCUUACUGGCAUGACUUACUUGGUGCCAUUCACACUGGGCCACAACACCGCCGAGCAAACGUUGCAGAAGUCCAUUCCAUUGAUUGUUAAAUCGUUGCAAGCAUUCGCAGUGCAACCAGAGGUGGAUCAGUUUGUGCAUGCAUUUGAUAUCCUUGAAAGUAUGGCUGAUCUUAAUGCUAAAUUGUUGAACAAUCACAUUAAAAUGCUGUUGGAGUUCUGCUUGGAGGCAGCUAAUAAUGCGCAACUUGAUAGCGCUGUGCGCAUCAAAGCUGUGGCUUAUGUCGGUUGGUUAGUGCGUCUCAAGAAAAAAUUGAUCAUUAAGCAGAAGUUGAUUGAACCCAUAAUACGGGUAGUUUUCAAUUUGAUGGCAACGGAGCCGGAAGAUGAGGACGAUGACGAAGAAUACUUUUUGGGUGAAGACAACUCGAAUCCCAUGACUACUGCAACACAAACAAUGGACCUGUUGGCAUUAAGCGUACCACCAGAAAAGCUGAUUCCACCAUUGUUGCAACUUUUGGAGCCUGCUCUGCAGGGCCCGGAUCCACUGCCACGUCGCGCUGCCUAUCUAAGCAUGGCUGUUAUUGCCGAGGGCUGCUCAGAAGCGAUCUGCAAUAAAUAUCUCGAAACUAUGCUAAACAUAGUUAAAGUUGGCAUAACCGAUCCAAUACCACUCGUACGCAAUGCUGCCUUCUUUGCACUCGGUCAAUUUUCGGAGCAUUUGCAACCGGACAUCACCAAGUUCGCACCACAAAUCCUACCGAUACUCUUUGACUUCUUGCAUCAACUCUGCAAUGAAUUGCGGAGCGGUGGAACUGAACCUAAACAUAUCGAUCGUAUGUUCUAUGCACUGGAAACUUUCUGUGAGAAUUUGGAAGAUGAAUUGGUACCUCACUUGCCAGUGCUGAUGGAAAUUUUGUUCGAAGCCUUGAACCCCAAUAAUUCAGUGCGCGUUCGCGAACUUGCUUUAAGCGCCAUUUCCGCUGCUGCUAAUGCAACAAAUGAAAAUAUGCUGCCCUAUUUCCCACGUUUAAUCACAAUCUUACAAUCGUACUUGGCACCAACUGAAAACGAAGACAUCAUCAGUCUACGCCCACAAGCUAUUGAUACUUUGGCAGCUUUGGCGCGUACUAUUGGCAAGCAAAACUUCAUGCCCUUAGCCACCGAUACAAUGACUUUUGCUUUAAAUUUGCUCGAAAAAGCCGAAGAUCCCGAUGUACGUCGUGCUCUUUACAAUCUGAUUGCAUCAUUGGCUGAAGUGGUUAACGAAGAGAUGGCAUCAGUUUUUCCAAAGGUAAUUGAACGCAUGUUCGAUUCUAUACUCUCCACUGAGGAAGUAGUGCCCGAAUUUAAAGAUGAUGAUGGUGUACCAGCACCAGCUGAAGAGGCUGAUGAGAAUGAAGAUGACAUCGAUAUUGAAAAUUCAGAUGAGGACGAGGAUGAUUUAGAUAAUAUUGCUGGAUACAGUGUUGAAAACUCAUAUUUGGAUGAGAAAGAAGAGGCCAUAUUGGCAUUGAAAGAAUUCGCUGAACAUACUGGUACCGCUUUCAUUCCAUACUUGGAGAAAUCUUAUCAAAAUGUCUACAAGAUGAUCGAUCAUCCACAGGAGGAUAUACGCAAGGUGUCAAUUGAUGCAUUGAGCUCAUUCGUUGUUGCUCUCUUCAAACAACAGGAUUUGCAUGGUGUAUCUAAUGCGAUUACAAUUUUGUUACCCAAACUGGGACAAAUUGUUCACGAUGACGAAGAAGUAUCGGUUGUGUUGUCGGCCCUCGAAGGUUUGGGUGAUCUAUUAAAAGAGUUGAAGCAAGUCACCUUGCCGACCAUUGAGCUGCGUGACGUUGUAUUCGCCUGCAUUACCGACGUCCUACAGGGCAAGGUUGCUUGCCAAUUCGAUGAGUCGACUGGCGAUGAUGAUGAAGAUGCCGAGGAGAGCGAAUACGAUGAGGCGAUCGUUGAGGGUGCUGGCAAUAUGCUGCCAUUGUUGGGAGCGGCAAUGGGACCCGAUCAAUUUAGGCCAUAUUUUGAGCGCACAUACCCGAUUAUCUUACAAAAAUUGCAAAAGGCAAAGAAAAACGAGGAUCUUGAAUCUCAACGCGCUUUCGCUUAUGGUGCAUUGGCAGAAUGCUUUGCACCUUUACAAAAACACACUGGAACAUUUUUCAAUACAUUCUGUCCAAUUAUGAUUACUGGACUCUCUGAUGAAUUCGAUCAAGCACGCCAAAAUGCUGUAUACGGCCUGGGUGAAUUGGUUUUAUACUCUGAGGAGAAAUCAUACGAAGCUUAUCCUCACAUUUUAAAUGCCUUAUCACAAGCUGUUUCGAAGGAGACCAAACCUAGUGCAUUGGAUAAUAUUUGUGGCGCUAUUGCACGUCUUAUUAUCAUAAACAGUUCUUUGGUGCCGCUCGCCCAAGUGUUGCCUGUCUUCAUGCAACAUUUGCCCCUUCGCGAAGAUUUCGAUGAAAAUGCAUCCGUCUUUAAGUGCUUGAAGCAAUUAUAUUUGCAGGCGCGCGAUGCGAUCGCCGGCUCAUUGGAACAGAUUAUAGCGAUAUCCAUACACGUACUCUACAAAAAGGAAUACACAGAAAAGGAAACAUAUGACACAGCUUUGGGCCUACUGCAAGAGAUACGUGAAAAUUAUCCCGAUAAAUUCAGUACAGUUGCCAAUUCGAACCCGGAAAUUAUUGCCUUCUUGCAAACGCUAUAAAUGAUAACGAUUGAAAGUAAAGAAUAGCAACCGGACAUUCAUUUCAUAUACUUCAGCAAAAUUUAGAGUUAUUUACGUGAAUAAUGAACGGUACGGAAAAGUAAUUGUCUCCAUUACAACCUACAAAGAAAAGUAGUUUCAAAAGCACACACCCUACUUAAACAAAAACUCGACUUUAUGCUAUAUUUGAAAUCUACCAUUUAAACAUAAUUGUUUUGUGCUAUCUUUUCCUUUUAGGGUGUAAAAACAAAGACUUAAGACUGCGCGCAUUUUUUUUUAAUCCAAAACAGCAUAGGGAAAAGCCCGAACUGCUCAAUUGCAGCUAAGGAAAUUUUUAAAUCAGGGACUGGAAGCCGAAAACGAGUAUUUAAUAGUAAAAAAAUAUGUGUUAUAUAAAAAUUAAUAUUUACUUUUUAUUUCUCUUUUUUGCACAGAAAUAUUUUUGUUAAAUAUUUCUUAAACCUUUAGAUCAUGUUUUCCUCCGUGAAGACGAGUUGAAUAUAUCUUUGCGUAAAAAAUACAAACAAAUAUAACAUUCAAAACGCACUAAGAAAUAUUAGUUUUUACUUAAAUUUCCAUGUACCAGUCCCUGUUACCACUUAAGCGAUUGUGUAACUAAUUUUCCUGCAUGUUUUGGAAAAUUAACAUUAAUUAAUGACAUUAUUCCUAUAUAUAUUUUUUUUUUAAAGUACACAUUGUAAAAGGCAAAUAUUUAAUAACAGGGCGUCGAUGCACAUGCGCAUUCAAGUAGGUAUAAUUUUAAAAUUUUUAGUGGACACUUUUGUUCAAAUUGAAAUUGUUAAUUGUGUUAAGCCUACGCUUUUUUUAUUUUGUGAAAUGAAAAAUUAACAACGAAAUUUGUCUCUCAGUAAUGUCAUUAAGUACAUCUCUCCAUUAGCCGUGUUUGCAAGAAAAAAUGAGUUCAAUUACUUUUUGGUUAUGAGAUUUAACUAGCGCUUCUGAAUCACUUAUCAACUGUAAUAAUUACAUGCAUGGAGCUUGAAGUAACGGACUGCAUUUUUUUUACAAAUGUGCACCAAAGGCAAUAAUUCAGUUAAGCAAUUACUGCUAUAUAAAAAGCAAACGAAUACUCUAUGUAAUGAAAAAAUAUAUAUAGAUAUUUAAAUAACACAUUAAAUACAUGCACUUGUAUAUUCCAACGUUAAACGUCCGAAUAAGGCAACUAAGACACAUCCAUUUUUAUUUUCCGAAUAUGUUUUACACAAUUUCGUUUUUAUAAGAAGAAAAAAACAUUAAAGAUUAACAUUAAAGAAUAAUAAAUAAAUAUGCCUUAGAUUUAUAUGUAGUUUUGUAUAUUUAAGAUAUACACAUGGAGAGCUUCCCACGUACAAAUUUCAUCUCCGAAAUUCCAUUAAACAGCAAUCAUAAGAGAAAUUGUGAUUUUUUAUUCGCAGCGUUCAAUUUAAAACGCUCAAAUGUUCAACUCAAAACCAGCAUAUGUAUAUAUACAUUUAUAUGCAAAAUCUUCGCCUAUCUCCUCUUGAGGGGAGGUAGUAUUUUAGUCUCCAAGUGAAUAUAUAAAGGCUGUGAUAUAAACUCUGUGUCAAGUUGUUAUAAAAAAUGAAGUUAGAAAGCGUGCCCCGCGCCUUUACUGGGAUUCUGAACACACAUCACAACACAAACAAAACUGAAAAUUAAAGAAUUUAAUUUCUUUUUAUAUUUGGCUGGCUAUGCUUAACUUUUUAUAUUUAUCAAAACAGUAAGCCAUUUCGUUUAUCACUUGUAUGGCUAACAGUAAAAAGAAAAAAAAAACACAAGUGAUUAUAAACACUUCCGACUGCAGUGCAUGUCACAUUGAUCUCUCUAUGAGUUUCCCUAUUUAUUUAUCUUGAAUUUUUGUUUUGCUGGUGUGACCAACAGCACAACCCACCUCACGACCACAACAACCAACUGCAACUCUGCUACACAAUCAAUUAAACUAUAGUUUUAGCGCACAUCUAAAACUUGCUGUGUUUUAGCGUUUAUCUUCUCCUUCGACUAGUCUUCUUUUUUUUUUGUUUUUGUGAAAGUAAAGCAUUGCCAGGGCAUAUACUUACAUUUUAUUUCUUAUGUUUAUUUUUAUAUUAAACGCUUAAUAAAUUCCUUUUUCAUUAUUACACCAUAUAGCACAGCAAUUGAAUAAAAAUAUUAUUAAAUUGCUUAAAACUACAUAUGUAUAUGUAUUAUAAAACGAAGUUUUGCUUAAAUUCAUCCAUUAAAAUAAAAGGAUUUGUAGCUUUCAAUACGAAAUUUGGGUUUUCAUUAUAUUUUAUUUAUUUCUUUAAAUUUCCUCAGAAUCUAGAUAAUUAUAUAUUUAUACAAACGUGAAAUUUGAAUAUGAGAUGAAUAAUUUUUAGAACAAAAAUAUGCAACGAAAUAAAGUUUAAAACAGUAGAAAACA